UCCUUCCCGCGUCCAGCGAUUCAAAUUACCCGCCCUUUUCCCAUCCACCCAUCAAGCCAUCCAUUUCCAUCAAGAUUCCAUCUCAGCCGUCCAUCACUCCCCCUCCUCUUCCUCCCCUUAUCAACCCCUACCUCACACCCCCCACAUCAUCACCUCUACUUCACCAAUGAGCUCAUCAAUGCCCGAAACUCAUUCGACCAAAUGCCCCAGAGAACAAUUUCAUCUUUCAACACCCUCGUCGCCUCCCACGGUCGCAGCGGCCGCGUACGCUCGGCGGUGGAGCUCCUCUCCCGGGCGAUGUCUCGCGGGCUUCGGCCCAAUUCGUUCACCUUCGCGCCCGUCGUAUCAUCUCUGCUUCUCGAUCCCCACUGCGGAAACCAACUCCAUUGUUUGAUCCUAAAGUCCGGUUUGAUCCACUCCGAUGCGUACGCGGCCACGGCUUUGUUGGGUUUCUUCGGACGGAGCCGGAGACUCGACGAUGCAGUCAAGCUGUUUGAUGAAAUGCCUGCUAAGACGGUGGUUACUUGGAAUGUCGUGAUCUCGAUGUUUUCCCAAAUGGGUUUUGUCACUGAUUCGAUGCGCUUCUUUAGGGAGCUAAUGAUGAGUGCGAUCGGGUUGUCCGAGUGUUCGGUUCUGAGCAUCUUGUCCGCUUUUCGCUCUUUAGAUCGCGCACGGUCUGUAGACCAAGUUCGCGGGCUCACGAUCAAAACCGCCUUGGAUUCGUUCGUAGUCGUCACGAAUUCUUUGCUAAAUGCAUAUUGCAACUGCUGCGGAGUCCAUUCGGCCGUGAAGUUGUUCGACGAAUUGGCGGUGAGAGACGCGGUUUCUUGGAACACCAUGAUAACGGCUUUUGCUAAGAGCAGUACGCCAGAGAAAGCUGUAGAGCUGUUCUUCGUGAUGUCGUCGGAAGGGCUUUCUCUUACGGAAACGACGUUUACUUCUGUGCUAAAUGCUUGUAGCGGUUUAUGCGUACCCGAGUUUGGUAAGAUCAUCCAUGCAAAAGCCGUCAAGCGCAAUCUCCACACAAGCACUUUUGGGGGAAGUUCACUGAUAGAUUUCUACAGCAAGUGCUCUCUCCGAAACGAUGCCCGCAAAGCGUUCGACGAAAUUUCCGAGAAGAACAUUGUCUCUUGGAAUUCUCUACUUAAUGUGUAUUCCGAUGAGGAUUCAUGUGCCUCCUUGGGUGUUUUAAAGGAGACGUUAUGUUUUGGGUUCAAACCGAACGAGAUCUCAUUUUCUUCAGUGCUUAGGACCGCGUCAUGUUUGGUCCUACGGCAGCUGCAUUCGUUGGUAAUAAGAAUGGGUUAUGAUAACAAUGACUAUGUUUCGAGCGCAAUCAUAGCUUCAUAUGCUUCUAACGGAAACGACUCCGAUGCAUUGGCUUGUGGAUCGGCGUUAGAUUCGCAACUCUCUGUUGUCGCUACAAAUGCUAUAGCCGGUAUCUAUAAUAGAAGCAGCAGGUUUCAAGAGUCAAAGGAGCUUCUCCUCCGUCUGGAAACUCCGGAUGUGGUAUCGUGGAAUGUUCUACUAACUGCUUGCGCUCGUAACGGAGAUUAUGCUCAGGCAUUCGACUUGUUCAACCACAUGCGAACUUUAGGGCACUCCGUCGAUAAGUACACGGCCACCAGCCUAUUGAGUAUUUGUUCAAAGAUUAACAACCUUAGUAUGGGAAAGUCGCUCCACGGGCUAUUGGUUAAGACCAAUGCGGGAUCUUCUGACACAUUGGUCCACAAUAUAUUGCUAGAUAUGUACGUGAAAUGUGGUAGCUUGGAGUGCUGUGUGAAGGUGUUUGAUGAAAUGGACGAAAGGAACCUCAUCUCUUGGACGGCCGUGAUCUCGGGGUUGGGACUCCACGGGCGACCGCAUGAGGCAUUGAUAUGGUUUAAGAGGAUGGAGGAAGAAGGAUUUGUGCCGGAUAAUGUUGCUCUCUUAGCGGUGCUGUCGGCCUGUAGACAUGGCGGGCUGGUGGAGGAAGGCCUGCGGUUGUUCGAAUGCAUGAAGGCUAAGUACCGGGUCGAGCCUGAGAUGGAUCACUAUGUUUGUGUGGUGGACUUGCUGUGUAAAUAUGGGCGGCUUAGGGAAGCCGAACUUGUGAUCGACGAAAUGCCGUUCCAGCCGAAUGCAGUUAUAUGGCGCAUGUUCCUUCAAGGAUGUAAGAGAUAUGGCGUCGAAGCAAUUGGAGGAUGACCGGCAUCUCGAGGAAAACUCGGUUGGAUCACUUAAAGCUUAUCAGCAGUUUGAAUUGUUCGGGCCGAAUACUUGAGACCCAAGUUCGGUCUUGAGUUUGAGAGGAUCGUCAAUGGCGACUUUGGCCUGGCAUGAGCUUCUGCAGAAAUGCUGUCUUGGAUAGAGCUUUUCAAGAAGCACCAGCAGCUUUUGCAUUGAAAUCGCAUUUUCGACAGCGGCUUUAGUAAAUGCUUUGGGGACAGGUAAAUCUCACACAAAUUUUAUGAUCAUAAGAUGAAUCUAGAAAUAAUAUGAUUGAGCUCGCAGAAGAUUUUGUAAUGAAAAAUUCGAAAAUAAUUGUCCUUUGCACUGGUUGCUCUAUUCAUCCAUCCAAAUCAACAUUUAGUUCAUUCACUUCUA